CAAACAUUGAACGGAAAGUAUGUAAAUCUGAACCAAAUUUAGUGAUUCAGUUGACAUCCGAUGCACUGAUUGUGCGAUCCUUUGUCCUGAUGUCUGAUCCGCACAUUUGCGACGACAAGGAUCUCAAAGAGUUGUGUCCAUCGCUGGACCUAUGGCUCAAACCGCAGGCGAAGCUCAACAUCACUGUAGCGCUUCCUCGGCUCAAAGUGCUGGACAACAGCGGAAAGACAAUGACAAUCAGUACGUGGGAAGUGAUGGACAAACUGAAGAAGAAGAUCAAACCACUGAAGUUCAAGACCAUAAAAGUGAGCAAAUCUACCAUUGAGUUCAUCCGCUUUGAGGCCGAGUGCGAGUCACUCAGCAAUCAGUCACUCAUUGAGUCGCGACUCAACAAAAUGAGUCUUAAGUUAUCGGGUUUUAUAGAACAGCUGACCGUUAAGACUGCGAGAGUCAAGAUCGGGUCCACGAGACACGAAUGGGAGACAUAUUUCAGAGAUAACCCACUUAUGAAUGAAAUGAAGCCGGGGUUGAGGCCCGACACCAUUCACGUACAGGUGCUCUACCAGUCCUAUUAG